GGGGCGGGGCCUGCGCGGUGGGCCUGGCCGCAGCCUUUUAAAUACAGAUGCGCUGCGCGGUGCGCGCCUCGGUCCUUCUCCUUCUCCCUCGGCGGCGGCACCAUGACUGCACCCAGCGGCGUCUGCGACGUGAUCGUGGUCGGCGGAGGAAUCUCAGGGUUGAGUGCGGCCAAGCUGUUGAAGGCCAGUGGACUGAACCCUGUGGUGCUGGAGGCCAGGGAUCGCGUCGGCGGUCGCACGUUCACUGUGCAGAACAAGGAGACAAAGUGGGUUGAUCUGGGCGGGGCUUACAUCGGCCCGACCCAGAACCGCAUCCUCCGAUUGGCCAAAGAAUACGACAUAAAGACGUACAAAGUCAACGAGCAGGAGCGGCUGGUGCAUUACGUCAAUGGAAAGUCGUACCCGUUCAAAGGCUCCUUCCCUCCCAUGUGGAACCCCAUCGUCCUGUUGGACUUCAACAACCUGUGGAGGACGAUGGACCAGAUGGGCAGCGAGAUUCCCAGGGAGGCGCCCUGGAGAGCUCCGCAUGCCGAGGAGUGGGACAAGAUGACCAUGCUGCAGCUCUUUGAGAAGAUCUGCUGGACCAGCACCGUCCGCCGCUUCGCCACGCUGUUCGUCAGGGUGAACGUGACGUCCGAACCCCACGAGGUGUCGGCCCUGUGGUUCCUGUGGUACGUGAAGCAGUGCGGAGGAACCAUGAGGAUCUUCUCCACCUCCAACGGAGGACAGGAGAGGAAGUUCGUGGGCGGCUCCAGUCAGAUCAGCGAGUGCAUGGCCCGGGAGCUGGGCGACCAGGUGAAGCUGCAGUCUCCGGUCUACAGCAUCGACCAGAGCGGAGACGCGGUCGUCGUGGAGACGCUGGACAAACAGACGUACACGGCCAAGUACGUGGUCGUGGCGACGCCCCCCGGCCUGAACCUGAAGAUGCACUUCAACCCCGAGCUGCCGCCGCUAAGGAACCAGCUGAUCCACCGCGUCCCCAUGGGCUCCGUCAUCAAGUGCAUGGUUUACUACAAGGAGAACUUCUGGAGGAAGAAGGGCUACUGUGGCAGCAUGGUGAUCGAGGAGGAAGGCUCUCCCAUCGGCCUGACGCUGGAUGACACGAAGCCUGACGGGAGUGUUCCCGCCAUCAUGGGAUUCAUCCUCGCCCGCCAGUGCAGGAAACUCUCGGGUCUGACCAAACACGAGCGGCUGAAGAGGAUCUGUGAGAUCUACUCCCGAGUGCUGGACUCGGAGGAGGCUCUGCACCCCGUUCACUACGAGGAGAAGAACUGGUGUGAGGAGGAAUACUCCGGGGGCUGCUACACGGCCUACUUCCCCCCGGGGAUCCUCACCCAGUACGGAAAGGUGCUGCGGGAGCCGGUGGGCAGGUUGUACUUCGCGGGGACGGAAACGGCCACCGAGUGGAGCGGCUACAUGGAGGGGGCGGUGCAGGCCGGGGAGCGGGCGGCCAGAGAGGUCAUGUGUGCGAUGGGCAGAAUCCCCCCGAGUCAGGUCUGGCAGACGGAGCCUCAGUCUGUGGAGGUCCCAGCUCUGCCCUUCGUCACCACCUUCUGGGAGAGGAACCUGCCGUCGGUCGGCGGACUCCUCAAGCUCACGGGACUCUCCGCCUUCCUGACCGUGGCCACCGCCGCCGGCCUGGUGGCCUACAGGAGGGGCCUCCUGCCCCGGUGCUAGACCACCGCGUCUCGACAGACGCUGUGCUCGUGUACGACUCGUGUGGCGCGUUACCGUGUGUUCCAAACUACAGAGUGGUGACCUACGUUGGGUACAGGGUGGUUUUUUUUCGAGAGCCUCAAAUGCAAAACUCUAAUGCACCGUCACUCCGAGAGAGAGAGACAAACAGAAAUGAUUAAAAGUAAAGAGGAGCGCCGCCGCCACCUCUUAAAAAAUCUACUUCAAAUUCUCGUUGAAAAACCAAUGAAGGAAAAAGAUCAGAAUCAAUUCAAAUGAAGAAAAAAAAAUCUAAUAUAUAAACAAUAUAUCCGCACAUUGCCAAUGACAUUCCCUCUCUUGAUCACAUGAGAGUUGACUAACUCGUCGGGUGUGUGUGUGUGUGUGCGUGUGUGUGCGUGUGUGUGUGUGUGUGUGUGUGUGUGUGUGUGUCUGUGUGUUAAUUACCUCUGCUGAUUUUAGGUGCUGAUUUCUUCUGGACGAGCAGACAGGCAGAAUCCAACAUAAGAGUUUGUGCCAUCGCCCAUUUUAAAAACAAAGCUAAAAAACAAAACACAGGCCGGUGAUGUUAUAUUUUUAAAUUUUUAUUUUCUCACAGUCAAGUAAUCCCAUGAAAAGACAGAAACCCAACGGCGAAGUGGUCGUUCGAUGAGGUUUCGUUCGAUGCCGCUGAACUCAGCUUUUUAACUUUUGCACCGUACGACGAAAUCGCCGAUGUAUAAUCCCGGUCGGGCCCCCUCCGCAGUGCCUGGCUGUUCUAACGCGUGUGCUUUCAGUUUGUGUUUGUAUUUCUGUGUAUUUUAAUGUGAAAGCAUCGCGACCGGUCCCGAGACAGAAGAUCCACCUCCCUGUUUCAUUGUUCUCCAGUUUACACUCAGAUCUUCUGUCUGAGUCGAGUCACUUUUCAUUUCUGAAUCCAAGAAUCACACAUUAAUACGUCAUCGUGGUUUUAUUUCAAAUGAAUCUCGCAACACUGUUCUCGCAUCCGCCGCUGCAACUGUUCCUCCACUACUGCAGCAUUGUCCUCCAUUUGUUAACAUUGGAGACGAAUUAAGAUUCUGUAUGUCUGUGUCUAUUUAGUGAAGUUUUCAUGGGAUUGGUUGACGUCCCCCCCCCCAAAAAAAAGGAAAUGCAUGAGAAGAAGUUAUUAUUACGCCUGUAUUUUUUUAAUGGUAACGUGACGCUGCUCUGUGUGCUCGUCUGUUGGUAAACGUGGUGAAAGCAUUCGAAUGUAAUCUCUUCAGACUAGAUGAACACGAGGAGAAAUAACGUGGCUGAUAUGAAAACUGAUAUGUGCAUCGUAAUCAGAAGCCAUUUUUAAAAGAAACCAUCCCCCGGCGAAGGUCUCCGUCCGUCAGCGGGUUGGAUUCGACUGAUCGACAUCAUCUAAUAUGUAUCUAAUGAGUCGGUGUGUAAAAAAGAAUAUCCUCUGUUUUGUGAGAAAACAAAAAGGACUUCAUGUUAAAUCCUCACUUCUUUGGCCACGUUGAGAGAAUGUUCGACGCGACGGGCCGCACUUGGGUGUCGGGAAUCGAGUCUUUUAUUUGUAUUUUUUUUAUAAUAUCAACUGAUCGGCGUCCGACGUCAGUGUGAAGAAAACAAGUGAAGUUCGUCUGUUUGUGCAUCUGUGGUGGAGGGCGGUGUGUGUGUUGUCUGUCGUGCCUUAAUGGAAGUCAUAGUGGUUUUGUCUUUUCUCUCAAGUGCCUGUGUGACUCUGACCCCCCCCCCCCCCCCCCCCCCCGGUUUAAAGCAGUCGCCACGGUAACCGUCACUAGGCAGCAGCGACCUGAGGCUGUCUCCUCCGUCCGUCCGUCUCGUCCGUCUGUGUGAAAUGAGCCUUGUGGGUUGUUCCCCGUGUCCCGUCCUUCGAUGUCUCUGAUUCCUCAAAACAAAGCUGGUGAUAUUUAAAAAAGGAAAAAAAAGUGAAAUAAAUCUUUUCCUCGUGCUAAA